CCCAACAAGUGCAUCCAUCUUAUCCUCUCACGUACUGACGAUGGACAUCUCAGACCUUCCGUGGCUUUCCGCUGGCAGAGGCAUGUCUAAUGCCGGUCUUGACGGUAACAGCUACGAACAGAUGACGAGGGACUUGCAGACCAUACUUGAGCAUCAGGAAGGUGGUGGGAGGGGACGUCUGACGGCUCAGCAGAUUCGGGAGUUGACUACAACGUUGCCCAAGCUAUCUGAGGAGCAAUUAGAGAGCCUGGGACAUCACGAAUCAUCAUGCCCGAUCUGCAUGAACACAUUCCUUGCUUCUCUCGCUGAGGAAGAACUCGCUCUCGUCAUGGACUCGCCCGCUCAUCCCGUGGAGGAUCUCGGCGUGACGCGGCUCGUCAGUACCUGUGGCCAUCUAUUCUGUCGUAAAGAUAUCCUGACUUGGAUCCGAGACGGCCACCCUUCCUGUCCCCUCUGCCGCACCUCAUUCUUCAAAUCCCGAGAUAUCGACCCCCCUCCUCGCACCACCACCGCCACCGCCCCCACCACCGAAUCCCCACCAACCCAAACAAACACAGACCCACCAACCGACGACGAAGACGACGCGUACGACCAAGCGAUGGAACGCAUCCUCGCCGCCUACCGCGAAGAACGCCAACGGAUCCGUGCAGCGCCCGCUUUCGAUUUUCUCGGCAGUGGGGGUGGGGGCGGCGGGUUGAGCUUCGAACAGCUCCAGGCUCAUCUUUCUGGUGGAGGAACAGGGGAGGGAGGAGCGGGUCCUUCGCCUUUUGGGUUCAUGUUUGGGUCGUCGACGGGUGGUGUGGGUGGGGGGCGUGAACGUGAGGAGGAAGGUAGGAGGGAAUAUGCGGGGAUGUAUUCUUAG